AAAACCCCUUCAUAAACCUGAGAACUUGAGCGGCGACUACGAUCGCCUUCCGAAAUACAAAACCCUAAAACCAAUCAGGUGAUUUCAUCACCGCCUUUACUUUCCGAUUUAUGAAACCAUAACACCAUUUCUGAAUUUUUAUAGUGUUGAUUUUUCGGUCUUGGAUUGUUUAAGUAUGUGGAAAAUCGAGUGCCACUGAAUCGAAAAUCCUGAAACGAAUUCUGAAAUUCGUGCUAAUUGCGUCAGUCUACAUAGAUUCUGAGGUCGUCUCUGUAGGAUUUUCAGCUCAAUUUCGCUAUCGGACUUUAUGGAGAAAAGCUUUUCGGAUUCAAUGGAUGAAGGCUUUUUGGAAUUUAAAGAGAGACGAAUGCGCGAGCAAUGGCCUGAACUUUACUGGAGAGCUAGAGCGGAUAUGAUUAGCAAAUUACCUGACUCUUUGGUAUGUCAGAUACUCUUGUAUCUUCCGACAAAGGAGAUUGUUAGGACUAGUGUUUUGUCCAAGAGGUGGAAAAGUCUCUGGCUUUUGAUCCCCGAGUUGUCUCUAGACGCUAAUCAGUUCCCAAAUCACAAUGCCCUUGUGAGUUUUAUGGACAGUUUCCUCAAUUUCUAGGAGCACAAGUCAUGCUUGCACAAGCUCAAGCUAAGUAUUCGAAAGGAUGUGAAUGAUCCGCCCUGUGUCACUCGUUGGACAGACUUUCUGGCUAGGCAACUUCAGCAUCUUGAUGUUGAGUGUCUUGUGAAUCGUAAGUUCUUGGAGGUGAUGCCUCUAAGCCUUUAUAUCUGUGACACACUGGUAUAUCUAUGACUCCAUCGGGUAUCGUUGGGUGAGUUUGAGUCUGUGUCUUUACCUUGUCUCAAGACUAUGAGGUUAGAACACAAUGUCUAUGCCAGCGAUGCGGGUCUGGAGUCACUUAUCUCGUCUUGCACAGUACUCGAAGAUUUGAGCAUUGUUAGAAUGUUCAAAGAUAACAUAAAGGUCUUACGAGUGCACUCUCAGACACUAACCAGUCUUCAUGUAGACUACUUGUUUGGUGGGGAUGAUGACAUAGACGAUGAUGAAUUUGUUAGAAAAGGCACAGGGGUAAUGGUUGAUGCCCCUAGACUCAAGUAUUUGAAAUUCGAAGAUGAUCAAUCAGACAGUAAAAUCAUAACCAAUUCCGGGUCCUUAGCCAAGGUCAAUGUUGCUUAUGUCUUUCAUGAGCAUGAUGCUGCCGAUGAAGUUGACUUACCAAAACGAAAUAUGGUCCGCAAUUUUUUUACCAGUAUUUCAGGAGUUAGGGAGAUGAAGAUCUCUUUGCACACUAUGGAGUUUCUCGAUUUAAACAUGGAAUACGACCCACUGCCCCUGUUUUGCAACCUUUCCCAUUUAAAAGUGACGUUCUCUUUGUUUAAUCUGUAUUUGCUGCCAGCCCUUCUCGAGAGCUUUCCGAAUCUAAAAUCACUCGUCUUCAUGUUGGAUUAUUUUCCUUCUAGGGUGGAAGAAGCUGUAGCAAGACUCUCAUCCACACCUCGUUGUUUGCUGUCAUCACUAGAGUCUGUGAAGAUAAAAAGUUUCAGCAGAGUGCCUGCUAAUAUGGAAGUAGCAAGCCAUCUCUACAUCAUCAGCAAGUUUAACAUCAGUUAGACAUAAAUUGCUACAUCAAUUGAAACAGGAAGCUACUAUUGGUUUAGAGAACCAUGAGCAAUU